UUGGGCUAAAAAAGGUGGAUUUUGGUUACUAGGUGAACCACACGGUGGCUCUGAGCACGGUUGGGGACUCGGCGUAUCAUUUUGGGGCCACUUACAUCGGGGGGCAGCAAGUGGGACCCAAUGAGGCGUUUCCGGUGCUGGUUGGUUCUAUGGACGGCAGCGGCAGCCUCAGCGCCCAACUGCUCCAUCUGCUCACCCCCAACAUCAGGGCAAAGCUGGCCUGUCAGACCCAACAAUCCAAGUUCAUCAAUUGGCAGCUGGACGCCGAGUUCCGGGGGGCUGAUUAUACAGCUGCUCUCACAUUGGGUAAUCCAGAUGUCAUUAUGGGCUCCGGAAUCGUCGUUGCUCAUUACCUGCAGAGCAUCACCACGGCAUUGGCUCUCGGUGGGGAGCUGGUUUAUCAUCGUCGGCCUGGGGAGGAGGGAGCCGUGCUCUCAUUGGCUGGACGAUACACAGCUCCUGAUUGGAUCGGGACGGUGACAGUCGGCCAAGCGGGAGCUCACGCCACUUAUUAUCACCGGGCCAAUGAGCAGCUGCAGGUCGGGGUGGAGCUGGAGGUCAGCUCGCGGCUGCGCGACUCCACGGUGGCUCUGGGGUAUCAGCUGGAACUGCCCAGGGCCAACCUGCUCUUCAAGGGCUCAGUGGACAGCAGCUGGCAGGUUGGGGCUGUGCUGGAGAAGAAGCUGCCCCCCCUCCCCCUGACUUUGGCUCUGGGGGCUUUUAUCAACCACCGCAAGGACAAAUUCCUCUGCGGCUUCGGCCUCACCAUCGGGUGACCUUCAUCAUCAUCGUCAUCGUCAUCGUCAUUAAUGGGGGGUGGGGUAAUGGGGAUGGGGGUGUAAUUCCUAUUGUGGCCACUGGGGGGCGCUGUCACCAUUGGAGUCAAUGG